AUGUCGUCGUUCAGCCGCGUCUCGGUGAAACCAACCGUGGAGUAUCCUGUGGGUGUCCCUCCUCUCUGGAUGGGGAAGAGAACUCGAAGGAGGGAAUCAACAGGGCCCCGGUCCCCUGGGCCAACAACUCCAACAAGAGACACCAGGACAAUACGGGUGAAGAUGGUGCUGUUGGGAAGCUCUGGGGUGGGGAAGUCCAGUCUGGCAUUACGUUUCAGCAAGGAUGAGUUCAAAGGCACUUUACCCACCGUAGGCUGUGCCUACUUCACCCAGGUGGUGUGUCUGAGUGAUGUCACAUUUCACUUUGAGAUCUGGGACACGGCGGGACAGGAGAAGUACCACAGUGUCACCCCGCUGUACUACAGAGGAGCCCAUGCAGCACUGGUGGUGUACGAUAUCAGCAAACGAGAGAGCUUCAUAAGGGCCCAGGUGUGGCUUCGGGAGCUGGAGAAGCACUAUAUCCCGGCUUCCACCGUGAUGGUACUAGUAGGAAACAAGGGGGAUCUUUCAGAGCUGCGCCAGGUGACAUUACAGGAAGGGCACAGUCUUGCCGUUGACAGAGGCUUGCUUUUUAUGGAGACCUCGGCCAAGUCAGGGAAUCAAGUCAGUGAACUGAUGCUGGCUAUUGCCCGCAGGGUGAAGAGGUGUACAAGUGAGCAUCAAAGCGGUCUGACAGAGUGGCAGGAGACAGAGUUAGUGAACCUGCGCCGCUCUGAGACCCUACAGCACCCUAUUGCAUCCUGUUGCCCCUCCAUUGGACCCUAA